AUGAGGGACCUGCGGGAUAUCCUUAACUCCCGUACGUAUCAUAGUGCUAACUGCAACACGGAUCAUUCCUUGAUUAUAGCUAAAUCCCGCCUAAUUCCGAAGAAGAUACACUCUGCUAUAAAAGCGCCUUGUAAAGUUGCACUUAACACCGCCGCUAUGCUGGACAAGAACUUAUGCAAAGACCUAGGAAAACUAAUCGAACAUAAACUUAGCAAGGAAAUACUGGAAUCAUCUGCUAGUGCUGAAGAGAUGUGGCAAUUGAUAAAAAAGGAAUUAAGACAGGCAUCUGAAAAGGUGUUCGGCAAGAAAGGGAGGGCUGCUAGUGACUGGUUUGUUGAGUAUGAACACAUUCUAUUACCGUUAGUUGAGAGAAAGCGUACAGCUCACAUAAAUUUAUUGAACAACCACAGAGAUCCUGCAAGACAAGCUGCGUACAAGGCAGCCAAAAUAGAAGUUCAACGCACCACUCGCAGGUGUGCUAAUGAGUACUGGGUUAAACUCUGCCGGUCUAUUCAGCAAUGUCGAGAUGUGGGUGACAUUAGGGGCAUGUAUCGGGGAAUAAAGUCCGCCAUCGGUCCGACAAAGCGUAAACGUGCCGCGAUCAAGGACCUCGAUGGAAAUCCGAUUACGGACAAAGCCAAGGAACUUGAUAGGUGGGCGCAACACUAUUCAAUCCUGCUUUCUCAAGAAGUGGCUAUACACCCAGCCGCACUGCCUAAUUUGAGCUCUCGUUCCGCGGUGACUGAGCUUGACGACCCCCCCACAGGUGAAGAAUUCCUUAAAGCUCUCCAGAGUCUGAAACUGGGUAAAAGUACAGGUCUUGAUGGCCUACCUGCUGAACUGGUGAAAAUCGGGUGCGUUUCGUCUCCCCUGUACGCUGUUUUACUGCGCUGCUGGGAUGAGGGGACUAUUCCUCAAGAUAUGAGAGACGCCGACGUCAUUACCCUAUAUAAAGGCAAAGGAGAUAGAGGUGACUGUGGUAACUACAGGGGCAUUUCCUUGUUAAGUAUUGCAGGAAAGGCAUUUGCAAAAGUAGUUUUACGAAGACUGGACGCUUUGGCCUCUCAGAUAUGCCCCGAGUCGCAAUGUGGGUUCAGAGCUGGUCGUUCAACUAAUGACAUGAUUUUUACUCUUCGGCAACUACAAGAAAAAUCUCGCGAACACCAUGUACCGCUGUAUAUGGCCUUUAUUGAUCUGAACAAGGCAUUUGAUACCGUGAGUAGGGAAGGUCUAUACGAAGUACUGCGCGGUAUUGGAUGUCCUCCUAAACUUUUGUCACUCAUCAAGUCCUUCCAUGAUGGCAUGAACGCCUCAGUUUUAUUUGAUGGCGAAAAGUCGGCGCCUUUUUGCGUAAACCGUGGAGUCAGGCAAGGCUGUGUGCUGGCACCUACCCUCUUUAAUAUCUUCUUUUCGGCGCUUCUUCUGACUGCGUUUGAGGAUUGUGACGUCGGAGUACAUCUGCAUACUAGAAAAGACGGAAAACUGUACAAUAUUAGUCUUCUCAAGUCAAAAAAUAAGCGUCUAGACAUAAUUGCUAGAGAACUUCUGUAUGCGGAUGAUGCUGCACUAGUUGUAAACUCUGAAAAAGAACUCCAGGAGUUGGUGACGCGAUUUGGUCGCGCCUGUCGGCUGUUCUCUAUGAGUGUGAACACCAAGAAGACUGUCAUCAUAGUGCAAGGCGUAAACCAAUCUCCAGAAAUCAAGCUCGACGGUGCUGUACUCGAUGUCGUGGACCACUUCUGUUAUCUUGGCUCUACCACCACUCAGUCACUAUCUAGCGACAAGGAGAUAGAUACUCGGAUAGGCAGAGCAUCAACAGUUUUCGGGAAGCUUUUUGCGCGUGUAUGGAGAAACCGUAUGCUCACUACAUACACCAAAGUCCUUGUAUACCAGUCCUGCGUCCUAAGCGUAUUACUGUAUGCAUCGGAAACAUGGACUACAUACGCGAAACAAGAACGCAAGCUCAACGCUUUCCACAUGCGCUGCCUGAGGACUAUACUUGGAGUCACUUGGCAGGAUAGGAUUAGUAACGAGGUGGUACUUUCAAGAACGCAUUGCUGCAGCUUAACUGCUAUGUUAAAGCAGAGAAGGCUCCGCUGGCUCGGACACGUAUAUCGCAUGGACCCUGAGAGACUACCACGAAAGGUACUGCUGGGUCAGAUAGCGGGCAUAAGGAGACCAGUUGGGCGUCCAACUCUACGAUUUAAGGACUCCUGUAAGCGGGACAUGAACAGUUUUGGUAUUCGAGCCGACGGUUGGGAGAAACGCGCCGAGAUGAGACCCGAAUGGCGUCACGACAUUAAAGUCGGAACUUCAAAACAUGACGACGACUGGCUUGAAAGCCUGAAGCAGAAAAGUCUUCGUCGUGCUCUACCACCUCCAGCGGACUCGCGUUUUGUGUGCGAUCGAUGUGGCAAGAAAUGCCGCGCGGCUAUAGGACUCUAUAGCCAUCGACGGCGUUGCGUAACCCCGUAA